AUGGCAGCCAAACCCAAGCUCUACUACUUUAAUGGCAGGGGCCGGAUGGAGUCGAUCCGCUGGCUGCUGGCUGCAGCAGGAGUGGAGUUUGAAGAAGAAUUUUUGGAAACAAGAGAAGACUACGAAAAGUUGCAGAAGGAUGGGUGCCUACUUUUCGGCCAAGUGCCUUUGGUUGAAAUUGAUGGGAUGAUGCUGACGCAGACCAGAGCUAUCCUCAGCUACCUUGCUGCCAAGUACAACUUGUAUGGGAAGGACCUGAAGGAGAGAGUCAGGAUUGACAUGUAUGUUGACGGCACUCUGGACCUGAUGCUGAUGAUGGCUCUGACUGCCUUUGAUCCGCCCGAGGGAAAGCAGAAGAAUAUUGAUUUAAUCUUGAAUAAAGCUAAAACCCGUUACUUCCCUGUCUUUGAGAAGAUUUUGGGAGAUCAUGGAGAGGAUUUUCUCGUUGGCAACACGUUCAGCUGGGCAGAUGUGCAACUGUUAGAAGCUAUUUUAAUGGUGGAAGAGCUCAAUGCUUCUGCUCUUACCGAGUUCCCUCUGCUGCAGGCAUUUAAAACGAGAGUGAGCGGCAUUCCUACAGUGAAGAAGUUCCUGCAGCCUGGGAGUCAGAAGAAGCCGCCCCCAGACAGCCACUAUGUGGAAAUAGUCAGGAGAGUCCUAUCCAUGUAACAGCAGAGGUCCCUGGUGGCUGGAGCCUGAUCCGCUUGCACAGGCCACUGAGAAAGAACCGAAGCCAACUGUGGCAUCUAAGAAUAAAACUCACGGGAAGGAAAAACCAUGCUCCCAUCCAUAGCAAA